CUUGUUGUUAGAGCUGCUCGGAGCGGCGGCUGCUGGUGCUGGCUUUGGCGAUCCUGUUCUGGGGCUGCUACUUGCAAGAGUUUGCGAGGCGAGGAGGGAAACAGCAGAGACCAGCGAACAAGAGCGCGUUUCUUCCCCCCUGCCGUGCUGGAAAAAGGGGGAGGGCGGGCUGCGAGCUGGUGAAUGGGAAAGAGCAGAAACAUCACAACAAAAGGUUACUGCACUUGAACCUUUGAAAAGCAGCGACUCUGUGCAAGGCGGAGAAAAAGCCAGGAGCAAACCAACCACAGCUUUUUCCAGCCAGGAGCUUUCCUCUCCCGAUAAAGGAAAGGAGAGUGUCUUUUUUUUCUCUUUUUUGAACGGGAUAACAAUUGAGACCCAUAAAAGUUUGCAGCCGGGAGACGCUGCGAGAGGGGUGUUGUGGGGGGCGGGAUUCGGAAGCUGGGGCGAGUGGAGUUUGUCUUCUUUCGUUCCUCCCCGUCUCGGCUCGGGGGGGAGGAGGAAACCCCCUUGGAACGGUGGGGCGCUAGGAGAGGGACCUGCCGAGCGCUGAGACACUGGAAGAGGGACCUGCCGGCCGCUGGGGUAGCGGGUGAGGAAGCUCCAGGACGCGGGGCUCUUCCGCUCGUCAGAACGCUGGGACAGGGAGCGCCGGAGCUGCCGUUCCGCUCGCGAGUGACAGCCCGUGUGGAAUGUGGCAGCGGUUCCCUUCGGCCGGGGACAGAGCCGCCGCCGCCGCCGAGCGUCCUUCCUCUUGUGUGUUCGCGCGAGUCCCGCGGGCGGGGGAGGUCGGGGACAGCCGGAGACGCUCCUCAGAGCGCUAGCGCCGGGCAGCCCUUUCCUCCUCCUCCGCCUCCUUUGCAUUGUUGCGAUUAAAACCAAUGAACCAAGCUGCUCUGGCCAAAAGCACCAACUAAAUCGGUUUGGAUGAUUCGCGAUCUGAGCAAGAUGUAUCCUCAAACCAGACACCCGGCACCGCACCAACCUGCUCAACCCUUUAAAUUCACAAUUUCCGAAUCCUGCGAUCGGAUUAAGGAGGAGUUUCAGUUUUUACAGGCUCAGUACCACAGUUUAAAGCUAGAAUGUGAGAAGCUGGCCAGUGAGAAGACAGAGAUGCAGCGACAUUACGUUAUGUAUUACGAGAUGUCCUAUGGGUUGAAUAUAGAGAUGCAUAAACAGAUUGAGCACAUCUACUAUCAUUGGGUCCCAGAAAGUCCUCUCAUCUGUGAGGCAGAAAUUGUCAAGAGGCUGAAUGCUAUAUGUGCACAAGUCAUCCCGUUCUUAUCCCAAGAGCACCAGCAACAAGUGGUGCAGGCUGUGGAACGUGCCAAGCAAGUGACCAUGGCAGAACUGAACGCAAUCAUUGGGCAGCAACAACUCCAGGCCCAGCAUUUAUCACAUGGACAUGGUCUCCCAGUGCCUCUCACUCCGCACCCUUCAGGCUUGCAGCCUCCAGCCAUCCCACCAAUUGGCAGCAGUGCUGGCCUCCUGGCCCUAUCCAGCGCGCUGGGCGGACAGUCCCACCUACCAAUUAAAGAUGAAAAGAAGCAUCAUGAAAAUGAUCAUCAAAGAGACAGAGACUCCAUAAAGAGCUCUUCUGUGUCUCCAUCAGCUAGCUUCAGAACAGCAGAGAAGCAUAGGAACUCGACAGAUUACUCUUCAGAUAGCAAAAAGCAGAAAACAGAAGAGAAAGAAAUGGCAGCUCGUUAUGACAGUGAUGGUGAAAAGAGUGAUGAUAACUUGGUGGUUGAUGUUUCCAAUGAGGAUCCUUCUUCCCCUCGAGGGAGCCCAGCACAUUCUCCAAGAGAGAAUGGCUUGGACAAGACCCGACUGCUUAAGAAAGAUGCACCAAUUAGCCCAGCCUCUAUUGCAUCUUCUAGCAGUACUCCUUCCUCAAAAUCCAAAGAACUUAGCCUUAAUGAGAAAUCUACCACUCCUGUGUCUAAAUCAAAUACACCAACUCCACGGACUGAUGCUCCAACUCCAGGCAGCAAUUCUACUCCUGGAUUAAGGACCGUGCCUGGCAAGCCAUCAGGAGUCGACCCUUUAGCUUCCGGUCUAAGGACUCCGAUGGCGGUACCAUGUCCCUAUCCUGCUCCCUUUGGAAUUGUACCACAUGCUGGAAUGAAUGGGGAGCUGACCAGUCCAGGAGCAGCGUAUGCUGGGCUGCAUAAUAUUUCCCCUCAAAUGAGUGCAGCAGCUGCAGCAGCAGCAGCAGCAGCAGCUUACGGGAGGUCUCCAGUGGUUGGUUUUGAUCCACAUCAUCACAUGCGAGUCCCAGGCAUCCCUCCCAAUCUGACAGGCAUCCCAGGAGGAAAACCAGCUUAUUCAUUUCAUGUAAGUGCAGAUGGUCAGAUGCAACCUGUACCUUUCCCUCCUGAUGCCCUCAUUGGACCAGGAAUCCCUCGUCAUGCUCGUCAGAUCAACACUCUGACUCACGGGGAAGUAGUGUGUGCAGUUACCAUCAGCAACCCCACAAGACACGUGUAUACUGGUGGAAAGGGAUGUGUCAAAGUCUGGGACAUCAGCCACCCAGGGAACAAGAGCCCUGUCUCUCAGCUGGACUGCCUUAACAGAGACAACUACAUCCGUUCCUGCAGAUUGCUUCCAGACGGCCGCACCCUGAUUGUCGGUGGGGAAGCCAGCACGUUAUCCAUUUGGGACCUGGCAGCUCCUACCCCACGUAUAAAAGCAGAGCUGACAUCUUCUGCCCCAGCCUGCUAUGCUCUGGCUAUCAGCCCCGAUUCCAAGGUCUGCUUCUCCUGCUGUAGUGAUGGGAACAUUGCAGUGUGGGAUCUGCACAACCAGACAUUAGUCAGACAAUUCCAGGGCCACACAGAUGGAGCCAGCUGUAUUGACAUUUCUAAUGAUGGUACCAAGCUCUGGACGGGAGGUUUGGACAAUACCGUCAGAUCCUGGGACCUCAGAGAAGGAAGACAGCUACAACAGCAUGAUUUCACAUCACAGAUCUUCUCACUGGGUUAUUGUCCAACUGGUGAAUGGUUGGCAGUAGGAAUGGAGAACAGUAAUGUUGAGGUGUUGCAUGUUACUAAACCAGACAAGUAUCAACUGCAUCUUCACGAGAGCUGUGUGUUGUCACUCAAAUUUGCUCACUGUGGCAAAUGGUUUGUAAGCACUGGAAAAGAUAAUCUUCUUAAUGCCUGGAGAACACCUUAUGGAGCCAGCAUAUUCCAGUCCAAAGAGUCCUCAUCUGUGCUUAGCUGUGAUAUUUCUGUGGAUGACAAAUACAUUGUCACUGGCUCUGGGGACAAGAAGGCUACAGUCUAUGAAGUUAUUUAUUAGAGACAAAGCUGAAUGCAAACAGGACUCCUCCUCCUAGCACUUUGCUGUAUAUUCCUUUUUUUUUCCCUUUCCAAACUGAGGACUUACAAUGCUCAUCACAGUUGUGGAGUUGAUUUUUUCCUCAUCUAACUUGCUAUUGAAUUGUGAAUGCUCAUUAAGAACUUUGUGAUACCAAACUUAAGAUAUCUGCUUGGAAGAAGAGAGGAUAAGCAUACUUAAAACUGAACUGAUUCUCUAAUUAUGUAUUAUAGCUGUAAUGUAUUUAUUUUGUUUAAAGAAGGCUUUCUAACAAUGAACUGACUAAAUAAAGCUGUCUGCCCCUGCCUUGGUUUGAAAGAGAGAAAUACAGUAACUUGCCUUGGAGAGCAAACUUUAUCUCUUCUGGAUAUUUUUGCUACAUUUCUUUGAGAAGGGAGAUGUGCAUCUUUCAGCAAUUUUGCAGUUACAAGAGAUUACAGAAAAUAUUUGCUAUAUUCAUUGGAAACUGCACUGAAAUGAGAAUGGAUUCCUACCAAUGUACAGACUACAAAAGCAAGGAUCUCAGAGGUAGGAUUUACAAGAGCACUCAUUCUGAAGUUCAGAAAAGAAUGGAUUCUUACUUGGGAGAAGGACUUGCUUUAUUUGCCACCCGUUCUAUCCAAGUCUUAGUUGGAUGUCCCUGAAAUGAACACAGGCUGUGCCAUUGUGCCAGAGACAUUGUGUUAUCUUUUUAUGUUGUUGUUGCUGUUAAACUAUGAUCUGUGACUUUUUUUUUGAAUGCUUUUAAAAAAAAAAAUCUUUAAGUCUGUGGAUCUGCUGAUGUACAGUGCCUUUGCUGCUAUGGAUCAAAAUCAAAAGAACGGUGUAGAUAAAUCUUAUUGUAUAAGUAGAAAAUUACUUAAUUUCAUACUAGAAAUGGAUUGAUGCUGCAAGUUGAAAUGGACUGUUCAUUGAAGUUCCAAAUGUGGUAGCAAAAAAUAGUGUCUUAAGUGCUUAGUGUUUGAUGUCAUUAACAGUUUCGUAAUACUCUACAGUGUAGAAAGAUUUUGAUACUAAACUGUGUCAUUGUACAUAGUUCUAAUGCAUUGUAUUGACCACCAUAAUCUAUAAUGGUAGAUUAUUGUUUGUGCAUUCAGACUUUUAAGCAUUAAACAUAAGUAACUUCUA